UUGAUGUCUUAACUAAAGACAAUAUUGUUGCUGUUGUACUUGUCUGUUGAAUAUGGCGGAAGUUGAGAUUCCAUCAACGUCUCCAGAUAAUAGAAAAAUGGCAGGAAAAGAAGAGAUAAUCGACGAACUGAAAAGACAGGGGUAUGACAUAGAGGUUUUUGAGCACCCUGAGGUAUUCACUGUGGAAACUAUGAUGCCUUAUGUUGGACACCUUCCCGGAGUACACACCAAGAACUUCUUCCUUAAAGAUAAGAAGAAAAAAGGAUUAUGGUUGAUGACUGUCAAACACGACAGAGAAGUCAAUUUGGGAAAGAUUUCGAAGGAAGUGGGUGCACCUGGAGGGCUUCGCUUUGCUGAUGAAUCCAUUAUGCUCGACAAGAUUGGUGUGGGUCAAGGUUGUGUUACACCUAUUGCACUAUAUAACGAUAAGAACAAAGAUGUGAAGUUCAUUUUAGAUAGUGAUAUUAUCAACGGCGGACAUGAACGCAUGUACUGUCAUCCCAUGGUUAAUUCAGCUACAAUUGGGAUCAAACCUGAAGAUUUUAAGUCUUUUAUUGAAUCCACUGGGCACUCACCAAUUUUACUGAACUUUUAAUAAUUUUAUAAUCUCUAAACGACCAGUACCAGUAGUUUUCUUGUAAUAAAUAAUAUUUAAUUUCUUACAAA